AUGGGAAGUGUUUGUAAGAAACAAGACGCUGAAAAUGAACUCCAUAGUUUAAUUCCAAAAAAGAAGGGGGACACCAUCACCAUAUCGCAAAAUCAUGGAGGAGGGUCACAAAUCAUCUAAAAAAAGAGAAGUACUGGAAACAAAGGAGACUAUGAACCAGAUGCUGUUGUAGAAAAACUAGAAGUGGAACUCAAACGUAAUGACAAAAAAAAGUUGGUUAAGGUUGAGGCUCGAUAGGAUCAAGAGGAAAUAGUAGAAAACAUCCAAAAAAGUAAUAAAAAGAAGUCACCUUUUGAUUACUAACUUAUUUUGAACUCAUUCACCACAAAUUCUCUCUUCUAAUCCCUUUCUCAAUAGGAACAGGAAGCAAUUUUAGAAUAGAUGUUCUAUUGCACCACACCUGACGGUCAAUUCGUAUUCAGACAAGGAGAUUUGAAGGCAAGUUCGUUUUUUCUUAUAGAACGUGGGUAGUGUCAGAUCAUCAUAGAUGGGGAAGUAAAGAAACUAUUAAAACAAUCUGACUCAUUUGGAGAGAGAGCACUCUUAUACAAUGCACCUAGAUCUGCAUCAGUGAGGGCAGUAGGAGAUUGUGCAUUUUGGGCAAUAGAUAGAAAUCUGUUUAGAAAAAUGAUAGAAGAUAUGAGAAUGCACGAAUUUGAAGAGAAUCGACAAUUCGUAGAAAAUUUAAAAUCAUUUGAAUUUUUAACAUUCGAUUAAAGAUCAGCCAUCUCAAGUGUGUUAUUUACUGUGUAAUUUAAAAAAGGAGAGAUUAUAGUAUAACAAGACGAAACAGCAACUUCAUUUUUCAUUAUUAAAAAGGGAUCAGUUUCAGUGAUAUAGAAUGACAACGAGAUUAGAAAGAUGAAGAAAGGAGAAUCCUUUGGAGAGAUGGCAUUAUUCUAGAAUUCUAAACGAGGAGCCACAGUAAAAGCAGCUGAAGAAGACGUGAGAUGUCUUGUGAUCACAAGAGAUGAAUUAACUAAAAUUUUAGGAGAUAAAAUCUAAGUUAUCAUGUUCACGAAUAAAUAAAUAUGGGCGAUCCAAAAACAUCAAGUUUUAGGAUAAUUAACUGAACUUCAAAUUCAAAAGAUUGUAUAAAAUAUGAAUCAAUUCAAUUAUGAACAAGGGGCUGUUGUCUUUGAGGAAAAGGUCUAGAAGUUAGUGAUAGUGCUAAAAGGAGAACUAAUAUUUACUGGGUCUAAAAUGAAAGCCGCUAGUGAAGGUUAAGUUUUUGGUGACGCUUACUUCAACAAGUAAGAACUUAGUGACCCAGUCAUCGCCAAAGAUAAAUCCGUACUAGCAGAAAUCGAUUUCAAACGAUUUGAGGAAGUCAUCGGAGGUUCCUUAGAUCAAGUCAUUAAUAAAAAUCAAAAAAUCAGUGAAAAACACAAGAAAUAAGAAAGUUAUAAGCAUGAUUACUCUCACCUCAAACUAGAGGAAUUCGUUUCGUUAAAGAAAUUGGGAUAAGGCUAAUUUGGAAACGUCUACUUAGUCAAAAAUCCUAAGGACAAUCCUCCUCAUUUCUAUGCUUUGAAGUGCAUAUCCAAAGCAUAAAUUGUCGAUUAGCAUCUAGAAAAACAUUUAGCCUAAGAAAAGUCAGUGCUCACAUCUGUCCGUCACCCAUUCCUUAUGAAAUAUUAUUGUAGUUUCUAAGAUUCUAAUCACGUAUUCUUCCUUGUUGAAUUCAUUAAAGGAAUGGAGCUCUUUGAUGUCAUUAGAGACAUUGGGUUAUUGAGUGCCUUUGACACUCAAUUCUACAUCGGAUCCCUCAUUUUAUGCAUUGAGUAUCUAAACAAACAAAAGAUUGUUUACAGAGAUAUUAAACCUGAAAACAUUAUGGUUGAUGAAAAAGGAUAUGUCAGACUAAUUGACAUGGGCACAGCUAAGUUUUUAAAUCAUAAAGGUGGUAGAACUUAUACUAUCAUUGGAACUCCACAUUAUAUGGCUCCAGAAAUCUUAUAAGGAAAAGGUUACACUUUCCCUGUUGACAUCUGGUCCAUAGGUAUUUGCAUGUAUGAGUUUAUGUGCGGAUAAGUACCAUAUGCUGAAGAAGCUGAAGAUCCUUAUGAAAUCUAUGAAGAAAUCUAAAAAAAACAAUUAUCUUAUCCUCAAUUUCUCAAGGACAGAAAAGCAAAGAAAUUUAUGGAGUAAUUACUAAAUAAAACCCCAGAAUUGAGAUUGGGAGGAUCCUAUGCCAGUUUGAAAGCUCAUUAAUGGUUUGAUCAAUUUGAUUGGGAUAAACUCUAUGACAAGGAAAUGAAAGCUCCCUAUUUACCACCAUAAUAGAAAAUGCCAGCCACAGGUAAAGAUGUAUAAGGUACUCCAAUUAUGAAAGAGCUAUAAAAUCUGAAUGCCCCAGUCUAUAGAAAGGAGAAGGCGAAGGAUCCUAAUUGGGAUUAAGAAUAUUGA